AUGGACGACCUCCGGGUCUCUCGCCGGACUCUCCACACCAUCUUGGUCUUCAUGUUCGCGGCAUCCACCGUGUUGUUUGAAAGAGCGUCUCAGUUCGCGAGCGGUGGCGACAUGCUUACUAGCGUCAUCCUCAUUUUCUGUGCCAUUACUUGCAUCGGCGGCUUUAUCCGUUUGUUCUGCGUUUACGCGCAGUUCGACAUUCAUCCUUCUGCUCUUGGCCCUUGGGGCCCAGAUGAUCACGAUGGUCCCAAUGGCCCUCCCGCUCCCGAUUCCAACCCCGGUGGACAAGGAUCCCGCCCUCAUGGACACUCGUCGGGUGACCCUGGGCGUGGAAGAUCCUCCACGACCUCGCGUUCUUCUGAUUCCGCUCCUGUAUCCAGUUCUGGUCGAUACAGACGUCAUGCGGUCUUCCUCAUGAUCGUGCUAAUCGCAAUUAUGUGUCUACAGUUUGUCUCCUCCCGCGGUAACGAAUACUUCUGCGAAAUCGACGAGGAUUACCUGACCGAUCGGUUUAAUCUCACCGGGUUGAACACCGAGGUUUCCUACUACCAGUACGCGCUUGAUCUCGUGACUGACGUUUUCGACCUUGAUGCCGACGAUGAUCUGCGUGAGCAAAUCGAAAAAUCCGCCCGCCACCUCUAUGGCUUGGUUCAUGCUCGAUACAUUGUUACCACCCGUGGUCUUGCUAAAAUGCUCGAGAAAUACAAGAAGAGUGACUUCGGAAAGUGCCCACGCGUGAUGUGCGAUGGACAUGCGCUGCUCCCUCUGGGCGAGUCUGAUCUUCCGAACAUCAGCACCGUCAAGCUGUACUGCCCCAAGUGUGAGGACAUCUACAACCCCAAGUCUUCACGUCACUCGUCUAUAGAUGGUGCAUACUUCGGUACCUCAUUCCACUCUAUCCUUUUCCAGGUCUACCCGGCGCUCAAUCCCGAGAAGAGCAGUCGUCGUUAUGAGCCCCGGAUCUACGGUUUCAAGGUUCACGCUGCAGCUGCACUUGCUCGUUACCAGGACAAUCAGCGUGAGGAUCUCAAGUGGCGUCUUGCCGAGGCGGACGUCAACCACAAGUUCAUCGAGGAUAGUGAGAGCGAUGAUGACGCAUUCGAAUACGACGAUGAUUAUGCGGAGUCAGCCAAACAUGACAAGCUCCUCGGUGACGCAGCUUCCGCUCGCAUGAACGUCGCCAAGUAA